AUGAAACACCAACUACAAUAUUGUCAAGAAAGGGAAAAGAAUAAAGAACAAUUACUCGAAGAAAGUUAUAACACAACAAGACAAUUGCAAGAAAGUGUUACAAAUCUAUUUCAACAACGUGAUGCCUUUCAAAGUCAAACUAAAGAGCUAGAAGAACGCUGGCGUUGUCUACACAAACAAUACGAGAAUAAUACAAAUAAUUUAACUAAAAUGGUGAAAGAGCGAGAUGAGUUACUGGCCAAAAUGAAAACUGAAAUGGAAAGUAUGGAAGAAACUGGCAAUGAACGAAAAAAUCAGAUCAUGAAAAUGUUGAAAGAAAUUUCAAAUGUCCGAGAGAAGCUGGAUUUACAAAUAGGUCGUUCAAUGCAAUUGGAAGCAGAGUUGACGCGUGUAAAAUCAAUUAAUGCACAGCUGGAGUCUGGCAUCCAAGAGAUGACUAAACAAAGUCUGACAAAUGCACAGACAAGCGCAGCGGAAAUUCGUGCCUUACAGGAAGAAAAACACUUAGCACACAAUAAUCAUCAGUUGGAAAUUAACCUUAUGAAAAAAGAUUUAAAUCAGUUGAGUAAUGAAAAUACUGAGUUUAAGAAAGAAAUCAGUCGUUUGCAGAAUAAAAUUUCAGAGCUUAAGGAGUUGGAGACACAAGUUAAUUCAGUUGGAUUAUUGAAAUCUGAACAAAAGAUGGUUCAAAACUCAUUUGAAGAAAAGUUGAAACAAUUAGAAACAACCUAUGGUCAAAAGCAGAGAGAAGUUGAGAAAUUGUCAUUGGAUUUAAACCAAGCCAAGGAACAAAUCACACUUAAUCGCAAAUCUUUAGAAGCAUUACAAAGUGAACUGGCAUCCAGCCGUACAAUGCUGAUUAAAGCAAGAGAGGAAAUUGUCAAACGAUCACGUAACGAAGAACAACUAGAAAAAUCGAUACAGAAGUUUAAAGUGGAACUUGAACAGACAGUUGUACAUAAAUCAGCUGCAGAGAUAGCCAGUAAAACAGCUAUAGCUAACUCUAAGGAGCUGGAGACUCAAUUAGAAUCUGUAAAAGCUUCUAACAUGUCUGUACAAACACGCUUACAUGAACUGGAAAAAGAAUUGGAUGAGAAUAAAAUAAAGAAAUUACAAUUGGAGGAGAGAAUAAGCCAGUUGACAGAAAAUUUAAAAAUCGCUCAAAAACAAGUAGAAGAAAAACAAACGCAAUUGAAUCAUUCAGAUUCAGUUGUCAGUCGUAUGACAAAAGAAUUCAAACGGACACAAAUGACAAUUGAAGAAAGUGCACAGAAGGUGAAUAGCUUAUUUGGCCAGUUGAAGGCAACUCAAGAAAAACUAACUCGAACAACUGAAAGCCUAAAUGAUACUGAGAAUAGCAGAAAAAGUUUAAUGAAAGAAUUGGAAGAAUAUAGGAGCACUCAUCAUACACACGACAGUGAAGUUCAGUCCAUGGAGAUUCAAAUCAAUUAUCUACUAAGUGAACUUGGGCAGAUGAACGAACGUCUAACAACGAACCAGAAAGAUUGGACUAAUUCUCAAUCAGAAAUUGAGGCUUUAAAGAAACAAGCAACUGAAUCAUCGCUUGAAGUGAAACAGUUAAACACACUUCUGCAUGAAAAACAAAUGAAAUUGGAGCAUACAGAAAGACGAUUAACUGAAAUGGAAAAUCACUUGAAUUCAGCUGAGCAAUACACCCAGUCAUUGAGUUCAGCUAACGAAGAUUUAAUGAAUGAAUUGAAAAAUCGUACUAAUGAAUUGGAAAAGCUACAGAAGGAAAUCAAGCAAAAUAUGACAGGAAUUCAAAAUUCGGAACUUAUGAUACAAGAAUUAGAAUUCAGUGUCCAGCAAUUGACAAAACAGCUAGAACAUUCAGAGAAUUUGCGUGUUGAAGCCGAAAAAGCGAGUAAUCAUGCUGCUAGUGAAUCAGCUGCUGUUAAAAUUGAAUUAGCUAAAAAAGAUGAACAAAUAGUCAGCUUACAGAAUACUUCAGAAACUAUAACUCAGAAGUUAAAAUCUCUCGAACAGACAUCUAAUCAAACUGAACAAAUUAUAAAUAAAUACAUCAACUCAGAAAUUGAAAAAGAUAACAUGAUUCAACGACUUCAAACAGAAAUGGAUCAUAUUCGUCAUCAGUUAACUGAAAAUGAAACAGAACUACAGGAUAAAAAUUCAUCAAUUAAAUCACUUACUAGUGAACUGGAAGCUGCGAAGUCACAGUUAUCAGAAUUAAUCCUACAUAGGAAUUCAGAAAACCUGGCGCGUAAACGUACUGAAUUGGAGGUGACAGAUCUUCGUGAAAUGCAGCUGGCUUUUACUGAACAAAUGGAAAGACAGGAACAAUUCAUUGAACGAUUACAGUCUGAACUGGCUAGUGAACGCGAAAAAACUGAUUUUCUAAGCAAGAUAAAAGCAGAUAAAGAAAGAGAAAUGCAAAAUAUGAUGAAUGAAGUUGAGAAUUUACACUGUCACAACAAAGAACUUUCGAGUCGUUUACUAGAACGGGAAUCAGCAUUAGAUACUAUGUCACGUGAACUAGAAUUAUUCUCCUCCCGACUGGAUACAACGUCAAGAAAUCUUACAGAAACUGAAGCUGAACUCAUAGAAACUAGACAGAAGUAUGAAUUAUCUGAAGCUAGAGCAAAUAAACAAAAAGACGAGCUUAAACAAUGUGAGAUCACCUUAUCAAGUCUUGAAUCUCGACUGCUUGAAAGAGAAAGUCAACUGACAAAAUGUGUUGGACAGUACAGCCAGUACGAUUCAGUCGACCGUGUUCAAUGUUCUCAGCUGACAGAUUUAGUCAAAGAUCUUAAACAACAAAUCACAGAGCAUAAGAAAAUGAAUAUGAUUUCAAAAACUGAGAGAGCUCAAUUACAAGAGACUGUGAAUCGUCUUGAAGGUGAAUUAGCUGCUCGAUCUGAUGCAUUACGUAGAGCAGCAAUAGAUGCAACACGUGUACAAAUGGAGCAUGAAUUAGAAUUGAAAAAUAGAACAAAUGAUUUAAAUGAGUCACUGUAUCAUAUGGAAAAUAAAUGGAAAGAAGCAUGCAAAACUAUUGAGAGAUUAGAAAAGGAGUACAAAGACCAAGAAUUCAAACUUACAGAAGUGUCAACAAACAGAAAUGAUGAAAACAAAUCAUUGAAACAAAAGCUUGAUUCAUUUGAAUCGAAAAACAGAACAUUGUCCAACGAAUUGGAAACUGUGAAAUUAUCAAGAGAGAACUUGCAAAAUGAUUACAACCGACUGCAAGCGGAAUUAGACAAGCUGAAUAGUAGACCGAAAUCUUCAGAACAAGUGAAAACGUCUCAUUUCUCACCUCAGGACCAGGACCAAGAAAAAUUCACCAACUGUGAUAUUAGCAGCCCUGAGAACUCAGCUGAUUCAAUUGAGGCUAGAGUGAAAGCGCUUAAACAGGCUAAUCAGUAUCUAAGAAUGGAAGUAGAGAAUGCCUGUAAAAUGCUAAAUACAAGUGUACUAAACAAAAAUAAAGUUGAAGAUGAGUAUUUGUCUAUGCCGAAAAUGAAGUAUUCCAGUGCAUUUCAAUUUGAUACUGGAAAUAAUAAUAAUAAUAAACACAAAGUAGAAUUCUUUGAUGAACCUGAUGAAUAUCCUGAAUAUGGUGAUGAAAGUAUAGUUGAACAAGAAUCAAAAACGGUUUGGCUUGAAAGAAUUGAAUCGAUAUCGCAAAAAUUUCAUGAUAACAACAAUUACUGGUCGAAUAAACUAGAGAAUAUUGACAGAAUGAAAAAUUCUGGUCGAGAUACUGUGCAAAAUACAGAGCGUCAAACAAAUUCAUCUAGAACAGUAAGUGGAAACACUGACAGAAAAAUUAAGCCAACACGCCUUCAUGAUUCUAGCAGUGGAGUGGGUAACAGUAGUGGACGUGUUAAAUUAACAAAGCUGGAACCCAUGGAUUAUCAUGGAAAGUCCGGUGAUAAAUUCUCCAAGCUAACAAGUACUUCUAAGAUGACUUCAAUUCCAGUUAAACAGAUGUCAGCCUAUCGUGGUUCAAGAAUAAAAUAG